AUGUCGCACCCGCUCGUCCCAACCCCACUCCACCCGUCUCCGCCCCUCUCCGCGCCUCACCUCUCAUUCAAUCAUUCCUCUCCCUCUCCGCCUCCCCCCCUCACCCCCGUUGCAGCGCCAUUCCACUCCGCCGCGCACCCAGCCGCAGCAGCAGCCGGCGCGGAUCAGAAUGCGGGCGGCGGUGGCUGGGGGACGGGGGGAGGCGGAGCGGAGGGGGGAGGCGGAGGGGAGGGGCGGAAGGAGGAGGACGGGGAGUGGCGGCAGUGGAUUCAGCAAGCGCUCUCAAAGGAUGGGGAAGGGGGAGGCAAGGAGGGCCGUGAGCAGCAGGCACGCGCAGCAGUAGGUGGGUGGUCCAUCGCACAGCACCUCCCCUCUACCUCUGAUUUCGAUGAGUUAGAAGCGUUGAUAGGGCCUGAUGAGGAGGAAGAGGAGGAGCAGAGGAACGGAGGGAGGAGAGGAGGGGAAGAGAGCAGGGGAGGGAUGAGAGUGGGAGGGGAGAGAGGGGAUAGAGUGGAGGGAGGGAGAGGGGAGGUGAAGGAGGAAGUGGAAGGGAGUUAUGGGAGAGGGGGGCGCGCAGGGGGAUACGGUGGGCGGAGUGGAGGGGGGAGGAGCUGGGGAGAGGGGGAGGAGUGGGGGGGACGGGCAGGAGGAGGCGGGGAAGGGGCAAGGGGGAGGUAUGGGGGAGGGGGAGCCGGAGGGGUGGGCAGCUGGGGGGGCGGGGGCCCAUGGCAGGGGGUGGCGGAGGUGGAGGCGGAGAUGGUGCUAUCAGACAGGGCGAUGAGAGCGGUGAGGGAGGUAGAUCUGGAGGAGGGCGAGGCAACCUUUCAGUUCCGCCCUGAUCGCACCUACUACCCUGGGCAGACGUACUCCGCUGAGGAGCUUGACAUAUCCCAGCCCCUUCCCGACGGCCCGGGGGAAACGCGGCGCAAGCUGCCCACCCCCACCACCAAGGAGGCUCUGCGCGCUGCUGACUUCCGCAAUGUGCGCUUCCUGUCACAAUUCAUCUCUGAAACCGGCAAGAUCAAACCGAGAAACAAGACUCGGCUGUCUGCCAAGGCGCAGCGCCGUGUGGCUCGGGAGAUCCGAACCGCGCGGGUGUUUGGUCUCAUGCCGUUCACGCAGGCAGGCCGGCCGCCGUUUAGGUUCGGCAAGGACCCGAACCUGGAGUCAGGGGAGCCGGAGCAGGAGGAGCUUGAGCUGGCAGCUGCUGUGGAGGAUGUGAAGGAGCUCAAGGCCAUGGCUGGGAGAUAG